AUGAUCCACUUUCCCUCUCAAGGCGAAAACAAGCUGUUUGCAUCUGUUCCAAAGGAUUUGGCAGUCGAGACUAUCCAAUUACUCCAACGAGAUGAAUAUGAUGAAACGGAGAAUCGUCUCGGGCACGCCAAACUCCUCAAGCUCCUAAAAUUCCGUCCCAAGACGUACUUUACCUUCAACAGAACCAUCUACGAGCAAGUGAAGGACACGCCCAUGGGUUCGCCAAUUUCCGGACUCAUAGCCGAGGCGGUCCUGCAACGGUUGGAGUCGCUAGUUUUUCGACACCACAGACCGAAAUUCUGA